AUGCCGCCGGUGUCAAGGCAGUUGGUAGCUUUGGCAGAGAAGUAUUGCAAAGAAGGAACCACUAUAUCCCUAUCUCACAAGUUUGAUGUCUUGGAAACCCGAGAGGAGAGGCCAUGGGACUGUCUAGAUACGGUGGAGUUUGUGCUAGAUGCCGAGGGCAUCUAUGAUAUCGUUAUCCCCGAUGAGGACGCAGACUCCUUUGAAUGCAUCCAGGAUGUGGUCGACUACAUCGUCAAGGUUGGGACGGAGAGAGCAAAGACGGGGCAGUUCAAGGCCUCAUACGGCACGCCUGCGCAGCAGCUCUGGCAUCAGUACCAGCAGCCGCUGCGUCAGUGGGAUACAAGCGACUGGGGUCCUUCUGGGGGAGAACAGACUUGGUAUGGGGAGGAGGAAAACCUUGCAUGCUCCGCUUCCCCCGCACAUCAGGCUCCUCCUGUGUGCAGCACCUCCACUGAAACACCGACGGCAAGUUCAGACAUCCCCACCGUCCGUUUGACUGUUGGGCAGUGGCUGCUGCUGCCUGUACACCGGAGACCGGAACCGCCUCCGCAACAGGAGGAAGGGCAGCAAGAAGAGCAGCAACCACAUCAGCUCCAGGAGGCCCCCCGAGAAAAACAACAAGUAACUGGGCGUAGUGGCCAAGGGUCAGACACUCAAGGCGCGAUUGGCCUGCAGACAUUUACUAUUGAAGCCUCAGAAGAUAUUAGCGCAAGCCUUGCCGCUGCGUUUCCACUUUUUAACCCUCCUAGGGAUGCGGCUGCGCCUCCUCUCGCUGUGGCUUCUGCUGCGUGGAAUGCGAUUCCUACCGCUGCAGCAUCGGCAUUCUUAACUCCAUGCCCUCCCCCCUUCUCCUAUAGGCCGGCAGCAGCCCCUGCACUCGAACUUGCAUCCCAUAUGACAGCAGCAACAGCAGAAGGACAGCGGCUGUGUAUCAAAGUUCGUCUGGAUGGAAUGCGGGAAGUCCUACCUGCUGAGGCUUUGUGGAAUGUAAUAUCGUUCUGCGCUUCGUUGGGGGGUCUUGGAGGAAGCGCAUUGGGGCGGAGGUUCUUGAGGGGCCCUCUGAUCUCCACGGAUGCUGAUGCGCUGGAGACGCCACCAUCGCCUCGAAGCGAGACAGGAGAGAGGCGGCUGCAGCAACCGCAACAGCGUCUACAGCAGGAGCAGCAGCAUCAACAGCAUCAGCAGCAUAAACAGCAACAGCAGUUGCUGCCAGAGCUCCUUGGGUGCAGCCUGAGGCAUUCUCGGCUAGCUAGAGAGGCUGCAGCAGACGCUCAAAGGCUGCUGCAGGAGGAUUCCCCUACCGAGGCACAUCCUCUUCAGGGCGCCGCUGUAGCAGUGGCAGCAACAGAAGAGGAUAGGGGGGGGAAACUCGUGGCGGCAUUCCUUGAACUAGCAAGCGUCGCUCUAGAGACAAUGGCAACCGGACAGCAUCAAUUACUGCACUUACUUCAUAUAUACUCCGCCUGUUGUCUGUUAUCCGGGAGUACUGCUGUGGACUCGGCUGCUGCUGCUGCAGCUGCAGACGCAGCAGCACAGGCGGCCAAGACGGCGCUGAUUACUGAAAGGGAGGCACCAAGUACAACUGCUACAUCAGCAGCGCACCGAGACGAAGUCGUAACAGUUAUUGCUUCUGGCCCUCCAUCAGCAGCAGCAGCUGCUGCUGCUGCAACGGCAACGGCAAGGCUUGCACUGUACUGUCUCCUUGUUUCAGCUGGCAGCAGACUCAAGGCUGCAGUCGCGGAGGGGCCCCUGCCUCUUCUGUCUGCAAUGGCGCACAGAUAUCAAGAUUUCCCUCUACUCGAGGCGUGUUACUGGCAGUUGCGAGCGUUGGUGUUGAAGCAAAAAGUCUCGAAGGAAUGGGUGCAGCAGCAAGGAGCAGAAGCACCUGCAGAGGGAGGAGCGCCCUGCCUUGUCUGGGGGCCAUUCAUGGCUCCAUUUAGCUGCUUUGAGGCCAUUGUGACGGCAGAGCGCCAAAGAAAGGCCUUGUGUCUCGGCUCUCCUAUGGGGUAG